UGUCUGGUGCUGAAUAAAUUUUUGGUUUGCGUGCCAGCACCAAAUAGUAUUUAAGAAUUUUAAAUUGUGAAUUUGGAAGUCGCCAGCACACCUUAUAGUUUGUAGAGAUUUUAGUUGAUUAAAAAGGGCGGUAAAAUGCCGUCAACUUGCUUAUUUGAGCUGGAUCGUCCCGAACCGAUUUACUAUAGCGGAGAAACGAUCAAUGGACGUGCUAUACUCACUACAACAUCCGAAAAGAACGUAAACGAGGUUUACAUACUCUUCGAGGGCGAGGCAAAAGUACGGUGGGAUGAGCGCAAGACAAGGACCCAAAACGGGAAGACACACCACUACACCGAGUACUACCGGGGCAAGCAAACCUAUCUAAAUACCCGGACCACUGUCUUUGGAUCGGGAACACUGCCCCCCGGCACCCACACCUAUAACUUUUGCAUUCCUCUACCGCUGGAAUGCCCCUCCUCGCUGGUUCAAAAAUACGGAAAAAUCUGCUAUGAAGUCUCCGUGGUCGUCGAUCGUCAGUGGAGGUUCAACAACGUCUUCAAGCAACCGCUGACGGUGCUGCAGACCUAUAAUCUCAACAUGAGCCCACAGUUGCUGAUGCCCCUGGUCCGUGAGGAUAUUAAACACUUUUGCUGCUGGCCCUGCAGCUCGGGACCGGUACUCUCGACGCUAACCAUACCCUUCGGUGGUUACGCUCCCGGCCAAAAGAUCCAUUUCAGCCUGGAAAUCGAUAAUCAAUCCUCUGGCUACGACUUAGAGGGCAUUGAUGUGAGCCUUAAGCAGACCUACAAGUUCCGCGCCCAGACACCUCAUUACAAGGAGCGCGAGAAGGAGGUUACCUUGAAUCAAAGUUGUCAGGGGGAGCAGGUGCUGCGACUCUCGAAAAAAAUCAUUAACGGAACGCUGGCUAUACCGCCGGUGCCACCUUCUUCCCGUAACGAAGGCGGAAUCAUAACGGUUGGCUACCGGAUCAUUCUGACAAUCUGCAUGGGUUCAUGUCACGUCGAUACGGACUUUGAUGUGCCAAUGGUCAUUGGAACGAUUCCCUUGGCCCAGAGUGCCGAGAAUCCAGAGCAUGCGGCCGAGUGGAUACCCCAAACACCGGACACUCCGGCUGGAGCUGCCGGGGAUCUGCCGCCCAGCUAUGACAAUUGCAAACCACCGACCUUUGAGGAGGCCACCAGCUCAGACGACAGGUUCAUCGAUAUCGAUGUGGACGAACACAAUCGCACGGAUGACUUUGUCCCACGUUAUCCAAUGUACACCAACUUUGCCAUGCCCUCGGCCCCGCCGCCUCCUUCAGAGGAUGCGGAGUCUGCACUCCUACCAACGGCUCCGGUUCUGUCUUUACCACAUGCCGCAACGGCACCAUCGAACGGCGAGAAUCCUACCACAUCAUAUGGCUGGAACGCCAACCCAUAGGCAACGGCAACUACCUCGAAUGGAAUCUCAGGACCAGCACAGCAAAUUGUAAUUGUGAAAUGUUUUUUUUUGUGUGCCUUGAAACGGCGAAGAAUUCGCUACCAAACUUAAUUUUUCCGAAGUGCUAUUUAUGAAUCUAAGCUUUUAACCAACCGCUUAAGUAAAUAAUAAAAUAUUUAAGUACUGCCUUGUGUCAAAAUUA